AUUUCACAAAGGAGUUGUUUUAAUCCUAACUACAGACACAGUGUUGAGUGAUGAUAAACUUCUAUAAUUUUUUUCUAACCACCUUUUAAUUUUUAAAAGCUGUCCAAACAAUAUAGAACUACAAAACCUAACACAUGUCUCAGAAUUCCAUCUCAUGAGAUUCUCUGAUGAUCCAGAACUGCAGCCCACCAUCUUUGGACUGUUCCUGUCCAUGUAUCUGGUCACAGUGCUUGGGAACCUGCUCAUCAUCCUGGCUGUCAGCUGUGAUUCCCGCCUCCACACCCCCAUGUAUUUCUUCCUCUGCAACCUGUCCUUAGCUGACAUCUGUUUUAUCUCCACCACAGUCCCAAAGAUGAUUGUGAACAUCCAAACUAACAGCAAAGAAAUCGUCUAUGUGGGCUGCCUUACACAGAUGUCAUUUUUGAUCCUUUUUGGAUGUAUGGAUGGCAUGCUUCUGACCGUGAUGGCCUAUGAUAGGUUUGUGGCUGUCUGUCACCCUCUGCAUUACUCACUCAUCAUGAGUCCUCGCCUCUGUGGCUUUUUAGUUUUCCUGUCUCUUUUUGUCAGUCUUGUGGAUUCUCAGGCACACAACCUCAUUGCCUUACAAAUCAUAUACUUCAAAGAUGUAGCAAUUUCCAAUUUCUUCUGUGACCCUGCACAACUCCUUAAUCUUGCCUGCUUUGACACAUUGAUUAAUAACAUAGUCAUGUAUUUUGUUGGUGCCAUAUCUGGUUUGCUUCCUAUCUCUGGAAUUUUCUUUUCUUACUAUAAAAUUGUUUUCUCCAUUCUGAGAAUACCAUCAUCAGGAGGGAGGUAUAAAGCCUUCUCCACUUGUGGUUCUCAUCUGUCAGUCAUUUGUUUAUUUUAUGGAACAGCCAUUGGCGUAUACCUUGGUUCAGCUGUAUCACAUUCUCCAAGAAAUAUUGCGGUGGCCUCACUGAUGUACACUGUGGUCACACCUAUGCUGAAUCCUUUCAUUUACAGCCUGAGGAACAAGGACAUUAAAAGAGCAGUGAAAAGACUCCACAGCAGAAUAGUGUAAUUUCAUGGCCUGUG